GGAGGGUCUUUUCCUAUCUUCACCCUCUUGGUUUGGAUUUGGGUUUCUCUCUCGCUGCUUCCGUCUCUGUCUCUCUCACACAAUGCUAAUCAGAAAAAUUCUAUCUUCCUCGUCUCCUUCUGCUUCUUGUUCGUGAAAUCUCUUCUUUUAUUUCUGAGAUAGAGAGAGAAGGAAACAACGGCGAGAGGACGAACCGAGGAAGAUAGGGAGAGAGAAGUGCCAUGGCUGCUCCGGGCGAGAAGGAAACAAUGCUGGAUCCCUUUUUGUUCGAGGCUCUUCAGAACCCUCGUCAUCGUCUCACCAUUUUGCGCAUGGAACUUGAAGUACAGAGGUUCUUGCAAGAUCCUGAUCAGCAGCAGUUUGAGUUCCAACAUUAUCCGACAUCUUACCUUCGGCUUGCGGCACAUCGUGUUGCUCAGCAUUAUGGACUUGUGACCAUGGUCACGGACAGUGGUUCAGAUGGCCCUGGUAAUAGAAUUCUUGUGAGAAAAACGGCCGAAACCAGAUACCCGCUGGUCCGCUUGUCUGAAAUUCCCGUGAAACAGCCAGAGAAUGGUAAAUCUGAGGUUCUGAAAAUUGUAAUCAAGCCUAGACCGAACAAAGGAUCUGGUGGGGAAGGUACUGGAAUGGGAAUGCAGCGGAAUAUUAUGAGAAGUGUUGAGGAGAGAAAAGAAGAGUAUGAUAAAGCUCGAGCUCGUAUAUUUAACAGACCUAGCAGUUCGGAUUCUGAGGAUUCUUCUUCAUCACGAGCUUCUCUUGAUGGGAAACAUACAUUCCUGAGAGGAAAUGAGGGUGAAGUGGCAAGGAAUCUUUCAGUUGAUAUUGAGAAGAACCUUACUAUCGGGGAAUCUGGAGGGACAUCUCGGGUUGCCAUCAUAAGAGAUAGAGAGAAAGAUCGUUUCGAUCCUGACUAUGACCGGAGCUAUGGGAGGUACGUUAGGGUUUUGCCACCGGGUCAAAAUUUCACUCCGAUGCCAAUCCAACUUCCGUUUCAUGAAGGGUUAUUCCCACAGAUUCCGAUGGCUCAAGCUACUCUGAACUAUAGUCACCCCUUAAACCCACCUGUGAGGAACAACACAGCUAUCCAGACACAGUGGCCGAAUGCUGCAAUGAUGUAUGCACAUUCAUACGAGCAGUUCAGACAAGCUUCUUUUCAGGGAAUGUUCUUUCAGCAACCUUUGAGCUUCGAGUACCUGCAGAACCGGUAACGUUUAUCCAUGCUUUGUAUCCCUUUCUGUAACCUGUAUGCAGAAUAUUUAUCCAUAGCUUUAGGAUUUUUCAGCUGUUUGAAGGUUAGUAGAUUUUGAGACCUUAUAUAUAUCCUGCACAGACAUCUAUCUACUCUUAUUCCGUUAUCAAAGUUUGUCUGAUCGAACCCAGAACACUAAAUCAUCUUGCGCGUUAUGUUCUUGCAUUGUU